AGUUUCUUUCAACCACAACUAGAUCUGCUUUUUGAAAAAACUUAUAAGCGAUCGAGAGAGAGAGAGAGAGUCUCCAGUACCAGCCGGUUCAUGCAUACAUGCAAAUUAAUUGGCAUAAGAUCUAGACGAUCAUGGCAACCAAGUUGUUAGCUUUAGCUUGCAUUGGGCGGGAGAGUCAUGGGCCUGAUCUAUCGCCGCGGUCGCACUAUCCGUCGAUGCCCAAGUACCCCAAGGGCAUGUCGGUGCAAGAAAGAAGCGUGGAGCUGGCCGGGUCAGAGGCCAAGCCGGCCGUGUUCUCGGUCAUGGGAAUGACAUGCUCCGCAUGCGCUGGAUCGGUCGAGAAGGCGAUCAAGCGGCUUCCUGGGAUACGCGAGGCCGUUGUCGAUGUCCUAAACAAUAAGGCGCAGGUCCUGUUUUAUCCAAGCUUCGUAAACGAGGCGACCAUUCGUGAGACUAUUGAAGAUGUCGGAUUUGAAGCCACAUUAAUUGAUCAAGAUGAGAUGAAUGAUAGAUCUAUUCAAGUAUGCCGAAUACGCAUAAAUGGAAUGACAUGCACAUCUUGCUCCUCCGCUAUUGAAUCAGCCUUGCAGGCAAUUCAUGGUGUACAAAAGGUUCAGGUGGCCUUAGCAACUGAAGAAGCACAGAUUCAUUAUGAUCCAAAGAUUGUGAUCAGCUACAACCAGUUAUUGGAAACCAUACUAGACAGUGGAUACGGAGCCAUACUUAUCAGUUCUGGGGAAGAAUAUCUCCUUAGCAAGAUAGAGCUCAAAGUUGAAGGUGUACGCACUGACCACUCAAUGAGAAUGAUCGAAGAGUCUCUUCAAGCACUUCCAGGAAUUCAAGACAUAAACAUAUCCCCAGUACUCAAGAAAAUAUCCCUCUCUUACAAACCAGAUGUAACAGGGCCCAGAACUUUUAUUAAUGUGAUUGAGUCAACCGGGUCAAGACGUUUCAAGGGAAGCAUAUAUCCGGAAGGAGGCGGAGGAGGAAGAGAAACUCAUAGGCAGGGGGAAAUUAAGCAGUAUUACAGAUCCUUUCUGUGGAGUUUGGUUUUUACAGUUCCUAUAUUUCUAACCUCCAUGGUCUUCAUGUAUAUCCCAGGAAUUAAGCAUGUAUUUGAUACCAAAGUCGUCAAUAUGAUGAGUGUUGGCAUGCUUUUGAGGUGGGUGCUUUCAACUCCAGUGCAGUUCAUCAUAGGCCGGCGAUUCUACACUGGAUCCUACAAGGCUUUGCGCCAUGGAUCUGCAAAUAUGGAUGUUUUGAUUGCCUUGGGAACAAAUGGAGCCUACUUCUAUUCAGUCUACUCUGUGUUGAGGGCUGCUACCUCUAAAGAUUUCAAGGGUACAGAUUUCUUUGAGACUAGUGCAAUGCUUAUCUCCUUCAUUCUACUUGGCAAGUAUUUAGAGGUUUUGGCUAAGGGAAAGACAUCAGAAGCCAUUGCUAAACUUAUGGACUUGGCACCUGACACAGCAAUCUUGUUGACCUUGGAUGAUGAAGGAAAUGUCGUUAGUGAAGAAGAUAUCGACAGUCGGUUGAUACAAAAGAAUGAUGUAAUUAAGAUUAUUCCCGGAGCAAAGGUAGCUUCUGAUGGUUUUGUGAUACGGGGUCAAAGCCACGUAAAUGAGAGUAUGAUAACAGGAGAAGCACGGCCAGUGGCCAAAAGGAAGGGCGAUACGGUGAUUGGAGGCACUCUGAAUGAGAAUGGGGUGUUGCACAUAAAAGCAACUCGAGUAGGAUCAGAGAGUGCUCUUUCACAGAUUGUCCGACUUGUUGAGUCAGCCCAGUUGGCUAAAGCUCCUGUUCAGAAGUUUGCUGAUCGCAUUUCCAAAUACUUUGUGCCUUUCGUCAUUAUAUUUUCAUUUUCAACUUGGCUUGCCUGGUUUUUAGCUGGAAAGUUCCAUGGGUACCCAAAAUCUUGGAUUCCAUCUUCUAUGGAUAGCUUUGAGCUUGCACUCCAGUUUGGGAUAUCUGUCAUGGUUAUAGCCUGCCCUUGUGCUCUGGGCCUAGCAACACCCACUGCUGUUAUGGUUGGCACCGGUGUUGGUGCAUCUCAAGGUGUACUGAUCAAAGGAGGUCAAGCAUUAGAAAGUGCACAUAAGGUUGACUGCAUUGUUUUUGACAAGACUGGAACUCUCACAAUUGGGAAGCCUGUUGUUGUUAACACAAAACUCUUGAAAAAUAUGGUUCUUCGAGAAUUCUACGAACUUAUUGCUGCAACCGAGGUGAACAGCGAGCACCCUUUAGCGAAGGCCAUUGUCGGGUAUGCUAAGAAAUUCAGAGAAGAUGAUGAGAACCCAGCCUGGCCUGAAGCACGAGAUUUUGAUUCCAUUACUGGCCAUGGGGUGAAGGCCAUUGUCCGGAACAAGGAAAUAAUCGUUGGAAACAAGAGCUUGAUUUUGGACCACAACAUUACCAUACCAGUGGAUGCUGAAGACAUGCUAGCAGAAGCUGAAGGGAUGGCCCAAACUGGGAUUCUAGUAUCAAUUGACGGUGAAAUGGCUGGAGUUUUAGCCAUAUCUGAUCCAUUGAAACCAGGUGCAGAAGAAGCCAUUUCAAUUCUAAAGUCAAUGAAAAUUAAGAGCAUCAUGGUGACAGGUGACAAUUGGGGAACUGCCAAUUCCAUUGGCAAGGAAGUUGGAAUUGAAACCAUUGUUGCCGAAGCCAAACCCGAGCAGAAAGCAGAAAAAGUCAAGGAGUUGCAGGCUUCAGGCUAUACUGUGGCAAUGGUGGGAGAUGGCAUAAACGACUCUCCAGCACUAGUGGCAGCAGAUGUUGGAAUGGCAAUUGGUGCUGGCACAGACAUUGCAAUUGAGGCAGCAGACAUUGUUCUCAUGAAGAGCAACUUGGAGGAUGUGAUAACUGCCAUUGACCUUUCAAGGAGAACAUUUUUCCAUAUUAGACUGAACUACAUAUGGGCUUUGGGAUAUAAUUUACUUGGUAUCCCAAUUGCCGCCGGGAUCCUUUUCCCCUCCACCAGAUUCCGUUUACCGCCAUGGAUUGCUGGAGCUGCAAUGGCAGCCUCUUCUGUCAGUGUUGUCUGCUGUUCUUUGCUGUUGAAAUACUACAAGAGGCCCAAGAAACUUGACAACCUUGAGAUACGUGGAAUAAGGAUCGAGUGAUUGUCGGUACUAGUACUGUUGGUUUUUAUCUAGUUGGGUGUUUUACUUUUCUCUCAAGAAUAAGUACUCUAGCUAGCUAGGCAGCAGCUUCUUGUUGAAAAUGUAAAUGCAUAUAUGCUUGGUUUGGUUGUUUGGGUAUAGGUGGCAUUUCAUUCUCAUGAUUAGACUAGUUUUGAUAGUAAUCUGUAAAUGAAUGGAUCUUUUUGUGCAUUUAUAAAGAUUGAAGUCAU